AUGAACAUUUGGAAGGGCAAAGUUUUGUGGGAGGUUCCAUUCGGACACGUGCUCAUCUUAAGUGGAAGAGUCAAGCCCAAUCCAAACAAAAUUUGCUUGGAUCUAACUGAUAAUAUAAAUGCAAAGAACGAGAGCGAAACAGUUUUUCUAAAAAUUGAAGCAAAUUUUAGAGAGAAUCAAAUUAUAAGAAGCAUGUUUUCGCCUGGAGAAGGUUGGCAGCAGGAGGAAAUUUCCAAAAAUUGGAAAAGUGAGAGUCCGAAAAACCCAAUCGAGCCAGGUCAAAACUUUAACUUUCGGAUCGCUGUUCUGCAGAAAUGUUUCGAAAUUUAUGUGAAUGACAAUAUGUAUGGCACAUUUGAGUUCGUCAAGUUUCCCAAGCAGAUUAAUUACGUUAUGGUCUAUGGAGACUUUGAAAAGAUAACCCAAUUUCAUAACAGAAUGCUAUAUCCUUUAAUAUUUCCAAAAAGCUUAAUUUGCUCAGAGAAAAUUGCAUUUCAAAGUGAUGUACCUAGAAAAUACGAAACCGGCACGGUUGUUGUGAUGGAGUGCAUAGCUAAAGGACCACCAAAUACUGAGUUUUCCAUAUGUUUUCAAUGUAAUGACUCUGGCCGAGUGGUGCUCAAAUUUCAUGUUAACUUCAAUCAAACAACAGUAACUCGAUCCUAUCAAAGAAGCGAUAACAGCUUUUCAGCUGAAGAUGAAGAAACGGAUGGUGAAUUUCCGUUCACACGUGGAAAACUGUUUAAAAUUGCGUUUGGUAUCGGUGAUGCGGCUUUUAUAAUUGCAGUCAAUGGACAGUAUUUCACGUAUUUCAAUUAUCCUGUACGAUACUUUUCCAUAUCGACAUUAAAGUGCUUAACCAAUGAAGUCGGAGACUUCACCGUUAAAAAUUUGGAGUAUCACUCAGAUUCGAUGCUCCUGUCACGAGUAGAAAAGUUGUCCCUGAUUUGAAAAGAAAAACUUUCCGAAUUGUUUGUGAAUUAAACUGCCCUAAGCAAAAUGUUAACAAAGUUAUUAAUGAAAAUGAAAAUGGUAGAGUUUAUUAGAGUUGUUAGUGCUUCAUAUGAAUGCUUAAAAAAAUUAGAGAAGAGGUAGGAAGGAUUUUUG